CACACACACACACAUGCAGAGAUACACACAACCUCACACACAAUCUCUCACACACACACUCAGACAUACUGCAAACUCUCCACAGGAAACUCUGAGCCAUAAUGCGAAGGCACCUCAGAGCAGACGGGUGCAUUGCUCAAACCAAGUGGGAUACGGUGCGGCUUUGAUAGUGCGUUAAUUACUCAUGUGAUGUGAUACAGAUGUCUGGGGGCUUCAGCCGAAAGUUUGCCUGACGGUUUCCAAGGGGGCCAGGCAGACAUUUUAGAAGCGUGAUAUAUUGGGACAGUCUUUCAAUCAACGAAAUCAAAGCGCCAAAUGUGCUCCAUAAUGGGCACCCCAGCUGUGCAUAUGUUGGUGCUAAUGGUCUGUAUGGCAGCCAGAGGAAUGUGCCAGAUAAACAGAGCCGAAACAGAGGACUACUCUCUCCCAGGCUCCCUCGUCCACUCCACCCACCAGUCUCCAGGUUUCUACAGCACCGUCAGUCCCAGCACGGGGCCUGGCCCCUACCCGUGGGCCCCCGGGGGUGAUACCCAAGCUGUGGGAUCUGGAAAUGAAAGUGUCAUAAAGAAGCCAAUACCACCGCCAAUGUGCACCAAAACGAAGACUUCUAUUAACUACUAUUUUAAAUACAUCAACACCAUCAUUUCCAUCCAUGUGUUUGUGGUCGGCCUGGUCGGCAACGCCACCCUGCUGAGGAUUAUAUACCAGCACAAGUGCAUGAGGAACGGGCCCAACGCCCUCAUUGCCAGCCUGGCACUGGGAGACCUUAUCUACAUAAUUAUUGAUAUACCCAUCAAUGUAUACAAGCUCCUGGCAGGACGCUUUCCCUUUGAUGACAGUAUUGUUGGCCUGUGUCUGUGUAAGCUGUUGCCCUUCCUGCAGAAAGCCUCUGUGGGCAUCACCGUACUCAACCUGUGCGCCCUCAGUGUGGACAGGUACAGAGCUGUGGCGUCCUGGAGCAGAGUUCAGGGAGUGGGCGUCCCUCUGCUCACAGUCAUCGAGAUUGUCUCUAUUUGGUUGCUGUCGCUCAUCCUGGCAGUACCGGAGGCUGUCGGUUUCGACAUGGUCACCUUCAGCUACAACAACCAAACUAUACGCACCUGUAUGCUUAACCCACAGAACAAAUUCAUGGUGUUCUACAGGAAUGCAAAGGACUGGUGGCUGUUUGGCUUCUACUUUUGUGUACCACUGCUCUGCACUGCUGUGUUCUACACUCUGAUGACCUGUGAGAUGCUCAACCACAGGAACGGCAGCCUUCGCAUCGCUCUCAGUGAGCACCUCAAACAGAGGAGGGAGGUGGCCAAAGCCGUUUUCUGCCUUGUCCUCAUCUUUGCCCUGUGCUGGUUCCCACUGCACCUCAGCAGGAUCCUGAAGAAGAUGGUUUACUACCAGAAUGACACAUCACGCUGUGAGCUGUUUAAUUUCCUGUUGGUCCUGGAUUACUUCAGUAUCAACCUUGCAACAAUCAACUCCUGCAUAAACCCCAUUAUUCUCUACUUUGUCAGCAAGAAGUUUAAAAACUGCUUCAAGUCGUGUUUGUGCUGCUGGUGUUACUCUGACAACCAGCUGAGCAGCAUCGGACCCAUGAAUGGUACCAGUAUCCAGUGCAAAAGCCCCGAGCCCAACAACAUCCACACUGAUCGCAGCAUGAGGAAAGACAGCGACUGAUCUUUCACCUGAGGACUAUUUUCAAGCUCUUCUAUAUACCCAGCAGCUUUUACAAUGCAGCCAGCACUUACCCUAACAUAUACACAACAGAAAGACAAUAAAUGCACAUCCGUAGGACCACUGAAGCAACAAUUGAGCCUGGCAGGGAUGGAUUAGGAACUGGAGAUAAAAGGAACAAACAAAGGAUCUGGUGCACCAUGCUCUGAAGCUGCCCGAGCCUCUCAGCAGGCCAAACUUCCUAAGACAAACUCCUUGUAUUCCCACACCCACGGACAGUGAUGCUGUAGCGUGAGAGACAAAGGGGGAAAGCGGGAUGAGGAGGACCCUUUUUAACAGGAUGCAGCUGAACGGUGACUAUAAAUUACUCUCAAUCAGUGGCAGAGCGUGCUAUUCCUGUAAAGGGCAGCACUACUGGGAAGGAUGCACAAAGCUACAGGAAGGAAAAAGCAGACAGCUCGCUGUCAGAGGGAAUGAUGGGAGAUGAGUAUGCGGUCCCCGGGAGUUUACUACUCAUUGAUGGUGGAAAACAGGAAAGCAUGUUACUGACUCGAACAAUAAUUAAUAUUCCAUUAAACAUGCGAGUGGUUGCACAGUGUAUUUUACUCACACUCAUUAUUCAUUGGGCUACUUUGUGGUAUACUCAGAAGGAUGUUUUGGAGUUCAUUUGCCUCCUACUGCCUGACAAACCCCUUUUUUUAAUUCAUCAGGAGAAGAGGGAAAUGUGUCUAAACAAAAAGGUGCAUCUUACCUAAAAAGACCCCCAAAAAACAGUAUUUUUGCUUUAGGUAAUGAUUAUCAAAAUGGCAAAAACUUCUGCUUAGUCAUCCAAAAAUGAAAGAUUUGAAUCAGAAUCACGUGCGGUGUUAGGAUGAGCCAAAAAACACUGGCACACAAUCAAGUACAGUGUUGUAAGUUUUAUAGCGGAUAAGAUACAACUCUGUAUUUUCAUACAUGUCAAGCAAAUGAGAAAUAUGAGGUAAUGCAUUAUGACAGGUCACCAAAAAUGGACAUGAGCUUUUUUUUGUGAACACUGUGAAUUUCAACAGAUAUAAUCAACAAUAUUUGUGACUUUUAUGCUUGUAUAACCAAUGGAAUAUAUAAAGUAUGUAGGCCUACAGUAUCCACUUUUAUAAAGUGUUAUAUUGCAGUAAUAAGAAGUAUUUUACUCAGACAAUGUUACCUGUGUAAUGACAUAGGCAAAUGAGUUUUUAAUGGUGGAGGUUAAUGUUCUGAAUAUUAAAGGAAUGGUUUGACAUUUUGGAAAAUAUCAUUGGCUCAGUUUGAGUCUAAGACUUUCUUGCUAAGAGUUAGAUAAAAAGACCAAUACCACUAUCAUGUCUGUACAUUCAAUAUUUAGAGAUUACUUUACAGACUAGUGUAGAAAAAAGACUGGAAAUGUCUGACCUGGCUUCUUCUGAAGGUGACAAAAUCCAACUGCCAGCAUUUCUCAAGUUCAGUAAUUAAGAUUUCAUAUCUAAAUAGUUUAAUUCAUAUGAAACCCAAGUGUUUAAGUGAAAAUUUGUGUUUUUUAGCUGGCAGCUACCCCCACCCCACGCACUAUGCUCUUAGUUUACUAUUUUUUAAAUCUUGCACUGCUGUCAGGUGUAUCAUGGCAAUCGAAUAUGUCACUCAUGAGUGACAGCAUCGAUACACCUGACAGCAGCUUCUCAUUAGAUGUAAGUCU